ACGUUUAUUUUUGUCUUGUUUAUAGUGAAACAAAAUCUUGACAAUUUAAUUGACAGAUUUUAUAAUUUAUACAAGAUAAUUAUUUUCUUCUUUUUUUUUAAAUUUAAAUACAUUUAGGAAUUACGUAUAAAUAUUGGAAGUUGAACAAAAACAAAAUGUUUUUUUGAUUUUUUUAUUAAAAAAACAUUAUUCUAUUUUGAAAAAACUGUUUUAACAAUUAAAAUAGAAAUACGAAAAUGAUGCCAACAAUGCCACCGGAUACACACAAAAUUUCACUUAAAGUUAUUGAAGCAGUGAAACAACAUCCAGUACUUUAUAUUUCUGAGGUUAAAAGUAGCAUUCUUAAACUUCAAGAAUUUCGGCAAAAAGUUUGGAAACGAAUUUCCGAUGAAUUGGGUCUUGAUCCUACUUGGGUGAAAUUAAGGUGGAAAAAUCUACGUGAUACGUAUUGUCGAAUUUUAAAAUACAAAAAUAAAACGGAAAAAGGAGUACGUCGGAAAAAAUGGAUUUUUGAAGAUCAUUUGAAUUUUCUCAAAUUCCCUUAUGAAGUAGAUUAUGAACCGCAAUGCGUUGUUCUGUCCGAGGAAUAUGUGAAGGAAAUAAAUGACGGUGGAUUAAGUUCCGACGAUCUUCUCGAACAACUCGAGGAUCGUAAUGACGAGGAUUACAGUGAAUAUUUGGAAUUAGAAGAAACAACAGACGAUCCAAUAUUAACAACUACAAAAAUUAAUAAAACAAAAAAUUUCAUCGAAUCCAAUGAACCACCUCAAAAAAAAUUAAAUAUCACAACAUCAGCAUUGGAAAUUGAAUCGAAAUAUCGUAAAAUACGACCGAAAAAUCACGACGAAUCACUCGAUAUCAAUACUUUUAAUAAUAUUCUUAAUUCACAUUUAAAUAAUGAAAAAACAUUAAAUAUUCAAAAUAGUAAAAAUUUUCAUCAAACAAAAAAUUUAAAUAAUCGAAAACAAAUUUUUAUUACAAAUCCCAAAACUAAAAUUAUUACAAAAAGUAAUAAUAAUAUUAGUAAUAAAAAUAGUAAUAAUAAUAAUAAUAAUAAUAAUUCAAAACUCAAUGAGGAAAUUAAUGAUGAGAAAUUAAUGAAAAGUAGUUUGGAAUUAUUUUUCGAUAGUAUGGCACAAACUGUAAAAAAAUUACCUACACAAGCACAAGCUGACAUUAAAAUGGAUAUUUCACGAAUUGUCACAAAUGCCGAAUCGAGAUUUACAAAAAAUUCAUCAACAACAAAUAAAAGGGAAAUUUCGAAAAAUUCAAGUCUACCAAAAUUGGUACUUAUACCUUGUAGUAUGAUUGAUAAACAGAAAAAUUGAAUAAAUUUUUUUUUUCCUUUUUUUUUUCUUUGUGAAUAUGUACAGAAUUUUGGGACAGAAUUAAUUUUUUUUUUUUUUUUGCAAUAAAUUACUAUUUUUUCUUAUUUUUCAUUUAUUGACUCUAUUGUUAUAAAUGAUAUUUAUUUAUUAAUUAAUUUUCUGAUCAAAUGAAUCUAUUAUUAUUUAUAGAAGCGAUGAUUGUAUUUUGAAAAAAGCAUAAUAUAAUGUUAAAAUAUGUAACAAAAAAAAUAAA